UGAAAGGAUCGGUAGGGUUUUCCUACGCCGGAGAUGGACGCAGUGGAAGCAUCUUCACAUCUUUCUCCUGCUUCCUCUACUGUUAGAAAUCAGUUUGCUGAGUAGUGUUGUGUACGUUGCAGUCCACAGCGCCAUUUCUAUCUCGCCGUCGACAGAAUCCAGUUUAAGAUGGAGACAUUGGUGGAUCUAUUAGGAAUGGCAGGCCGUCGUCCAUGGCUUCCAAUGGUGGUUUGUUGUAGCACCCGUGAUGAGCUUGACGCUGUUUGCUCUGCCGUUUCCAACAUUUCCUACAUUUCUGUUACGCCACUGUACAGUGACCUCGCCGAAGCAGAACGUGCUUUGGUUUUAGAUAGAUUUCGCCACACAACAAUGAUGUGGAACCAAAAAGCUGCUGUUCAAUCCGGAGAUGAAGGGGAUGAAAAGGAAGAUCAAAAGUCUCAUAUGAUCGUUGCAACCGAUGCUUGUCUUCCUCUUCUUGCUUCAGGAGAAUCCCCUAUUGGUUCUAGUGUUUUGAUAAACUAUGAACUACCAACAAGAAAGGAAACAUAUACGAGGCGGAUGGCAACAUGUUUAGCUGCAGAUGGGAUUGUGAUAAAUAUGGUCGUUGGAGGCGAAGUGGUGACUCUUAAAAGCAUCGAGGAAAGCAGCAGUCUUGUGAUUGCAGAAAUGCCCAUAAAUAUUCUUGAAAUGUUCUAAAGACAUUCCAUAAAGUUAGGGUGGCUACGACUUGGUUCGUUCUCUUUUGAAUUAGUUGAACCGUUUGUGCUUGUAUAACGUAGUUUCAUUUGCCUGAAGAGAGAGGAAAUAGAGAGAGAGAGAGAGAGAGAGAGAGAUUGUGUAUUGACUC